AUGUGCCCAGAAUUUGAAACUGCGGAAACUCUUCUAAAUUCAGAAGUACAUAUGCUUCUUGAGCAUCGUAAGCAACAGAAUGAGAGUGCAGAAGACGAGCAGGAGCUUUCAGAAGUCUUCAUGAAAACCUUGAACUACACAGCACGCUUCAGCCGCUUCAAAAACCGUGAAACCAUUGCCAGUGUCCGUAGUUUGCUGCUCCAGAAAAAGCUCCAUAAAUUUGAAUUGGCAUGUUUGGCUAACUUGUGUCCUGAGACUGCUGAGGAAGCAAAAGCUUUGAUUCCUAGCCUGGAGGGCCGAUUUGAAGAUGAGGAAUUACAGCAGAUUCUUGACGAUAUUCAGACUAAACGCAGCUUCCAGUAUUAAGGUUAACCCUCAACCCCUUUAUCUGAACAGAAAAACCUGGGAGCUUUGACUGUUUCUCAGCCCUCUGGACCAAUCCAGCUCCCAGCUGAGUAAGGGAUGUUGUGGAUACAGGGUACUCCGGUGCUGUGUCAUCCGCAGGUGCAUUCAGACAGGAGAUCAGUGUAGUCCUUUUGGUUUGUUCCACCUGUAUGUUGGUAAGGUCACCUGUAUUGCGAGAGCCAAAGAACCUGAAAAGCCUUUUCCCAGUGGCCUGAGUAUUUGCUUCUUCCAAAUCCCUCUCCCUGAUCUGGAAAUCUUCAACGCAUUUCUGUUUUUUAGCAGAAAUGCAGAUGUGACUUCUUUUUAUUGUGAACUUCUAAAGGAGAUGGAGAAACUUGUUCUUGACUCUCGGAAGGUUUAGUGAUGGGCAGCACAGCAUCAGUUUCUGUGAUGUUUCUGGGUUUUGGGUUUUUUUUUUUAAUUGUUUGA